AUGCCAGGCCCCCCAUUAAUCCACAAUAGCCCUAAUGGGACCAACGAUGAAGCGGCAGACCAGACGACCGGCCUUGACUUCUUUAUUUUCGGGAACAAUAUAUCAUUUUCUCUAUCGUCCCAUCUGCAUAAUGCUGGGUUCGCAAAACUCCGCUAUCCAGGCCACUACACGAUCCAUGACACAAAGGCUGUUGAUGAGACAGUGAAGCAUCUGAUGAGACAACCCAAUUUUGGAGGUACAUCGGUCACAUUCCCACAUAAACUACAAAUCGGGAAUUUUCUCGACGUGAUCACACCACGGGCACUCAGCGUCGGUGCAGUCAACACGAUUGUAGUCAAACAAUCGCAAACUGGGCGCAUAUUGGAGGGUGACAACACAGAUUGGUCAGGCAUAAGAUCCUGUAUCGUCAAGAGUCAUUUAUCAGAUAUCGAGUCGUCCACAGCUGUCGUCUUGGGUGCUGGCGGGGCAGCACGCGCGGCGUGUUAUGCGCUGGAGACGCUGCAAAUCAAGGAUGUUAUCAUUGUCAACCGCAGACGUUCAAAUGCUGAAGAGAUGGCAAAGCAUUUCCCUGCGCUGUCAACACACAUAUGUACGGAUAUGGACAAUGCCCACUUGCUUUCAAGCUCCCCUGUGCGAAUUGUUAUUGGGUGUAUUCCUGCGGAUGACCUUACCGAGGACAGAAUUUCAUCAAGUCUAUUCUCUGGAGCCAAGUCAGGUGUCCUGGUUGAGAUGGCAUACCGACCUUUGGAGACUGGAAUGAUGAAGGUAGCGGCGAGAUAUCCGGCAUGGCGGAUUUUCAAGGGUAUGGACGUGCUGAAGGAGCAGGCGUACGCCCAGUUUGAGCUUUGGACUGGUAAAGAUGCACCAAUCGAGGUUAUGGAAGAGGCAAUGGAAGUUGAAUUAAAGCGAAGGAGUUUGGCUAGUUCAGCUUUGUGA